UUACCUCGUUUGGGAUUGGGUCACCUGGAGUUCGUGUGAGAGAUGUGGCAACUGUCUAUGGUUUCCUAUUGCUCUCACAUCCUGCCCACCUUACUUACGCAGCUACAGAACAGCAUACAGCAUACUACCUGCCACAAGUUCCAUCUUCAACCAACAGUAGACAAGGAUCUUAUGUGGCUAUUGGGGUUGAUCUGGCAGCUGAGAUGACUGAUGUUCCUAGGCCAAGUCAAGAAAGCCAACGACAAACUGGGGAUUGGAUAGUAAUUGGCACUAAAGAUUCAGCGCUGAAGCCACAGUCAGUAAAGAGCAGUCAAAAGAAGAAAGAGCCUGACUCUCCCAACAAGAGCACGUCUCCAAGCUCAGAAGAGGAAGAGAAUACAGAUGUAGUGGACAGUGUGAGCAACAGCGAGACUGCCAGCGAUGCGACCAUGCCAGAAGUUGAGGAUCAAGUGGAUGGUCAGGUAAUACGGCAGAUUGAGACAGUGCUCUCAACAGUCAUUCCAGUGGGAGAAGUUGCUCUUGCCAAGGAGGAAGAAGAACAGGAUGUAGAUGACGGGAGUUGCUUGACGAAGGUGAGAACCAAGGACAGAGAAGUUGAAGUGGGUGAGGAGAAGAGUGAGAAGGAGGCAGAGACGUCAGAUGAGCAAAGCCAGUACAGUAGCCCUGACGAGUCGUCUAGAAGUGAGGAAACAGAAACAGACGAUAGGAUUCUGAGCAAGACAACUCGUUGGACUGAGGAUGUGAUGGACACAGAUGAAGAUGACAGUGAUGAGGAAGAUGAAAGCAUAGAUAAUGAUGACCACUCAUGCCUAACACAGGUAGUGGUUGGGUUGCUGGAAAUGUUGGAAAUGGUGUUGAAGUAUUCUUCCGACACUACCACCAGGACACUGUUGGCUGAGGCUUUAUUCAUGGAUCAAGUAUUGAUCAUGUGCAACCACCCUCAGCCCAUUAUCAGGUGUUCUGUCUUCAAGCUGUUUACCGUGAUACUAGACAGGUGCUCCCCAGAGGACAUGGUCAUGCACCUGCGUCAGAAUGUUCCAUUAGUGAUGGCUCAGCAGUUGCACAAACACAGCACGAUCUCUACACAGCUUGUUACUGCUGCAUUCUCCCUUGCUCUGGGACGAUCUUUUACCUUUGAGGACUAUGCUAUUGAUAGUGACCCAAGCCUUGCUCUUCCAAAUCAGGUGGUGCUCUUCAUUCCACUGAUGGCUCUGUUGCCACACUCGGCGCAAGACAUUGCUCUGUGCCACAACUCCCUUAUGGUCAUGCUAGACCUCCUUCACAAGAAUACUGAGCUGAUCAUUCCACUCAUUCACAAAGCUCACUUUGUGGACUCGCUUCUUUCCACCUUGAAGAAGUCUCUGCAUGAUGACAACCUUGGCAUUAACGACAUCACAGGUGAAAGUGAGUGCGAGGUGGUGGUGUCUGACAUCACUGAAAUCUUCUCCUGGAUAAUCAACUGCCUGGUAGCAUCACCUCAACACAAACACUUCAUGCUGAGUCUUGAGGUGCUUCACCAGCUAAACCUCUUAUGUCGAGGAGAAGCAGCCCAGUGUGGAGGCCAGGCCAGCUGUGUGGGGCACUUGCGCAGCACUGAGGCAGCUCUCUUGCAGGUUGCUCUUACUCGCAUUCAAGCUACAGCCUCCGCACAUCUGCAUUCUAUUGGACAAGAUCUAAAUAACAGUAUCAGAGAAGAGAAGACCUUUGCAGUGUCAGGAUCAUCCAGUCUGCACAACAUCAAGCUAUUUGCCACCAUGGCAGCUCGAGAUGACAGUGAUUCAGGCGUUGGAUCUGUUUUAGCCAAUUACACAACUAUUCCCUUCACACAUAGCUUGCACAACAUUGCUGAUCAGCUGUUCAUGUCUCAGAGCCGCAGUUCUCCAUCCCUCGUUCUUAGUAAUGCCAAAAAGGAUGACAAACAUCUUGCCCAUUCUGAGAUAGUUGACAGAUUUAAAGUGCUGUUACAGAAAGCUACAGAUUUUGUGUUCAUGUCUGCAUGGUCAUCUGUAGAGUCUGUGGGCAAUGAGAUGCCAUCUGGCGGUGCACCAGAAACCUUCAGCUUGUUCUUACUUGAACUCCUUUUAAGUGCAGCUGCAACCAUCACACAGCGUAAAGGCACAGCCGAUCGCACUGGCUGGGAAAGUGUAGUGUGGGGCUGCCAGGAUAUCUUGAGACUUCACCUCACGCACCUCCUGGCUCUGGUCACGUCCCCUAGGACGCACAUCCACACCCGGCUCAGAGCUGCUCAAGCACUGGCCACUCACACACGAAUACAGCCUGUUCUUUCAUAUGCAAAUAAAGCUAAUCCACAGUUACUCUACAAAGUAGGAAUCUUUAUGCAUGAACUGCGAUACCAGAAUGAGAACAAGCUAGAUGCAGCAGCCAUCAAGUGUUGUGAAAUGGUUCUCCAGAUACUAGAAGAUUGUACCGUGCAUGUCUUGCCUCCACCCGAGCUAUACCCACCUCAUGGAGCCAUGAAGGAGUGGAGUGUAGUCAUUGAGGAGAAAAAGCAGUGGCAAGAUGAGGCAGCAAAGAUUGCAGCCUUAAUUGUCGAUCGGUGCACUAAGCAGGACAAACGAUUACUGACGAAAAACAGCCAUAUCUAUGAGUCAGUAGCAGGAGAAUGCAGUCGCCUCACACGCACAGUUGUAGACCGGCAGAAUGUAGAAAGGAAAGUGGUUCUCGGGGGUAUCAAGCACUCACAGUGUCGCCAUGUCCACUUGACACAUAGAUGGAGAAGCUUGAUUGAUCUCCUCACACACGAGAGAGCUACUUGGCACUUCCCAGAAGCUUAUCCAAGGUCUUGGCAGCUAGACCAAACUGAAGGCCCAAUGAGAGUUCGCAAACGGCUCAAGAGAGGUCGCCUUAAUAUACAACCUCGUUACCUCAUGCCUGAAUAUAGACAGAAAUUAGACAUAGAGAAUAAACUAGCUCCUCUAGAAGCUGUCCUUCAGGGAUCAGAGACUGAGUCGGCAAUGGCAGUCAUGAUCGAACGACUUAAUGUAAGUGAACGCAUCAUCCACAUGAGCAGUGCAUCUGUUGUCUCUCCAGGAAUGGAACAGCGAGGUGAAAUCCUCAUCAGCCGAACUGCAAUGUACUUUGUGGGAGAACAAGUUACAAUUGACAUGAACCAGUGUGGAAGCAGCAGCGAAGUAGUGUCUGUGACGUGGCCCCUUGACAAUAUCCGUGAGAUCCACAUCCGCCGAUUCCAACUCCAGGACUGUGCAUUGGAGGUCUUCCUAACAACUGGGCACUCUGUCCUGCUAGCCUUCACUGACACCCAGCACAGGAACCAGGUUAUCGGGAUCUUGAGCACAUCUGACCUUCCAAAUCUUUCAAGCAAAGCAACUUUACCUGAAGUCACCACACAAUGGAGGGAAGGUCACAUAACAAACUAUGAAUAUCUGACGCAACUGAACAAGCUUGCUGGUCGUUCUUUCAAUGACCUGAUGCAGUAUCCUGUGUUCCCCUUCAUUCUCUCCAACUAUAUUGUUGAGAUCCUGAACCUUAAUGACCCAGCUGUGUAUAGGAAUUUGAAGAAGCCUAUUGCAGUACAAAACAAACACAAGGAGCAGCAUUACAUUAAUAACUAUGAGAUAACGAGGCAGAUGAGUCAGAAUGCAGGCGAUGGUCCUUACCACUAUGGCUCCCACUACAGCAACUCAGGCAUAGUCCUCCAUUUCCUUGUACGACUGCCUCCCUUCACACAGCUCUUUCUUAGAUAUCAAGAUGGGAACUUUGACAUCCCAGACCGUACUUUCCAUGCCGUUCAGACCUCGUGGCGUUUGGCUUCCUGCGAUUCAACCACAGAUUUCAAGGAACUUAUCCCAGAGUUCUUUUUCCUGCCAGAAAUAUUCCUUAACUCUGAGGGUUUCAACUUUGGUGUUCGGCAAAGUGGGGAAAGAGUGCACCAUGUCCAUCUUCCUCCAUGGAGUGGAGAUGAUCCAAGAAGGUUUGUGCUUGUACACCGUGCUGCCCUGGAGUCACCAUACGUGACUCAGAACCUUCACCACUGGAUUGAUCUUGUGUUUGGUCACAAACAAACUGGCCGUGCAGCUGUUGAAGCAAUCAACGUCUUUCAUCCUGCUACAUACUUUGGGUAUGAUGUUGAGAGUGGUGGAGACGAAAUAGGCCGAGAAGCGAGGAAAGCAAUGAUCAAAACAUAUGGGCAAACUCCUCAGCAGUUGUUUAGCCACCCACAUCCACCUGUUAGUAAUGCUGGAAUUGCACAAAACCCUCAGGCACCAGAAGUCCUACAUGAAGUACGAGGGCUUCGUUGGGGUACGUAUGCUGGUUCACCUGCAGAUGAUCGACCUAUUUUGGCAUUGGUGCAGUUACUCAAAACACCAGCUACCUACGUCACCAGUAUAUCAGGAACAGAGUUGCUGCUGAUGCCUCCACACACACAUCUUGUCACAGCUGGAGUAGAGAAAGGACUUAUUUGGGCAGGUACCACCAGUGCAUACAUCGUAUCAUCGCAUCACAAAGAUGGAAUCAUACGCUGCCGCCGCCACAAAGACACACUGUCCCAGCCUCUCAUUGCAGUACCACCAUUUGACAAGGUCAUGUGGUGUAGCAGUGGAAGUGGCCAGGUGUGGGUCGGUCUUGCAUCAGGUCAGAUCCUAGUAUACCAGGUGUCUCCAUAUCAUGCAGGGGGAGACCUGAAAGCCACUCUUCCCCCAACAACACUGUUAGCACACACAGCUCCCAUCAUGCACAUGUAUGUGUCUGAUGCAUUCAGCGUGUGUGUUUCAGGUGGAAAAGAUGGCAUGUGUGUUCUGUGGGACACAAAUAGGUUGUCAUAUAUCAGGAGUAUUGGAUCCAGUGGUGUUGAAGUCUCUCUCUUGGCCAUGAGUGAAACUUUGGGUGACUGGGCAUCUGUCAGUCCUUUAGGUUCUGCUGCCUCUGUGCUGCGCCUCUACACCAUAAAUGGAGCGCUUGUUGAUUCUGUAGUCACCCCUGCACCUGUAACAGCAAUCACCUUCUCCUCAGCACCUGAGGGCACAGCUGUUAAUGUUAUUGCUACAAGCUUAGCAGAUGGGAUCAUUAGACUUUGGAGUGUGUGGGACCUUCGUCCAGUUCGCGAGCUGAGAGCUGACAGGGCCAGGCAACCAAUCAUCUCGCUUCAUUAUACUCGUGACAACCACCAUUUAUGUGGCAUCACAGAGACUGGCGUUCUGCUGGUCUGGGAAUCGUCACUUGUCAAAACCAAAAUGCCAAAGUUCAUCACUGUUCCAGCCAUUUAGGAGCUGCCAACCAAGACACAAUUGAGAAACUUGAGUCUCCAAGUCCAGUUCAAUGAGUGAGUCGGAAGAGGAAAAGAUCUUCAAAUGAUCUGUUCAGCCUGAGAAUUAACUUAGGAUCUAAAGACCUACAGGCACCACAAAUGUUAUGAUGUAUAGAUGGAAAGAGGGAAUUUAAGUGGAAUAAAUCUGUCAUGUAGGUCUUGAUUCAGUGACUCUGCAAUGUCUUGUGUGAAGACAGUUUUUGCAUAUUUGUUUAUACAUGACAUUUUUGUUGAGACAGAUUUUUUUUUACAGUCUCUCUCUUAUACUUGUUUCCUAUAUUAUUUAGGAUCAGAGUAGUAUUGUAAAUAAAGUCCAUUAUUUUAAAUGCUUCCCUUUUAUAUAUUUUUUUCUUUUUUCUUUUUCUUUUUUUUAUAAUAUUUUAUUUUCUACAGUAUUAGUAUUGCUAGUCACAAGGUCACACUAUAGAUUGAAGUGACCGUCGCAAAGAGAUUUAUGACCAUGUAGACAAAAUGGAUGAGUGGCAUCAGUUUGUCGUAUUAUCCCAUUUCAAGUUUUCUUUUGAUAGAGCAUCCAGAUCUAAUGAUAUGUUUUUGUUCUGUUGUCUUUCUAACUUUUUUUCUUUUAGGUUUUGUGAAACAAAAAGAUGAAAAAAUCAGCACAAUAAGCCAUGACAGUGAGAAAUUUCAUUCCUUCUUUUCAUUUAAAAGUAAUAAGGCACAUGGAAAGAAAAAUUGUACUUAAUUAAGAUGUAAAGAAAAUUAUGCUUAGCUUAUCUAGAGAAUUUAAAUUGUUUAGAAUUCAAGAAUGAAAACUACAAACUACUCACUACUUAUUAAAACAGCGUUUGUUUCUUCUUGAUAAAUUUUACACAGCAAUUGUUCUCUACCGUCCAGUAUUUUCUCAAAAAAAAAUUAGAUUCUCAGUUCUCAGUUAGUCACAAGCUUUUAUACCCUUUAUAUAUGUUUUCCCCCUUUCUUUACUCACCCUUUUUCUCAGUCGUAGGGUAAUGCUAGAGAGAUUGCACUGACGUAUAUCAUGAUCAGUUGCUACAUUAAGGGCUUCCUGCCUUUCCGAUUCUGUUGGAAAAUUCAGCCAUGCUAAGCUUAUGGCAAGCAGAUGGAUACUGGUAAUUACAGAGCAAAGGGGUAUUUUGCAGAAGAACAGGGUGUGUGGUUAUACUUGUAUGUGUAUGUGGGUUUAUACUCAUGUGUAUGUAUGUAUGCAUGUACUUUCAUGUGUAUGUGUAUACGUAUGUAUAUAUGUGUGGAUAUGU